ACGAUUGAUCUUAGUUUACCAGAAGCUAGCGAUGACAUGUUUGAGGAUGUCGACGGGGAAGAGUAUGUUGACUUGACAUACGAGGGCAUCGCUCAUGUCAACGGAGUCCGUCAUUUCGUUUGCGAAGGCUUCAAGAUCCGGCAAAUUCCAGAGCCUUUCAUUGUGAAGCGAUCCUUGUAUGACCUGUAUCAAUGUAUCGAAGCGAAGUCCAUCAUUCUUGACCCUGAAUACCAAAGAGAUGUUGUCUGGGAUGAAGUCAGAGCCGCUUUACUGAUAACCUCGAUUUUAAUGGGCUACUUCAUUCCGCCUAUUAUUUUCAAUGUCAAGAAAACAAUGGUGAAGGUUGAAGGCAGGGACGAAGCCAGAUACACCCGUAUUUGUGUUGAUGGAAAGCAGCGUUUGACUUCCAUAUGGAAGUUUAUCAAGGGUCAAAUCGGAUUCUUCGACAAUAGUCAGCCACAAAGAAAAUGGUAUUAUUGUCACCAAAUAAUCGAUGGCCGUAUACAAGUCAGCAAUCGAAACAUCUUGCCGAAUGCCGUGAAGGAAUUCUUCAAGAAACAAUUCUUCUGCUGUUAUGAGUAUGAGGAAUUGGAUCUUGAUACAGAAGAGACUAUGUUCCAACUUGUUCAGCGUGGCAUUGCACUUACGCCAGCAGAAAAGAUGCGAGCUCUGUCCACCGAAUGGGCAAUGCUCACAAAGCAAUUUGAGGAGGACUAUGCUUUGGUCGUCAACUUGUCGAAGCAGAAUCGCGCGUCCGGAUUCCGUCUGGUUCUUACCAUUUUCACCAUGACCAUAGAGGUCCUGGCAGGUAGGAAGAAGAGAAUCCCGAAUACAAACACAGCAGCUCCUACCUUACAAGCCAGUCCACAAGCUCUUGGUCGAUUACUAGAAGACAAGAUUCCCAUUGACCCGGACUUGAAGCAAAAGCUGAAGGCAAUAUUUGACAGGUACGAAGGUCUUGUCAAAAUGUCAUCAACCCGAGUUACCACCACCCGUUGGAAAGUGAAAUCAAACUCAGUGUUUGACCCUGCACCGGAGUAUUUACGAACUGCCAAUGUCAACUGGGUUCGCACUUUCAGUCCAUUGGAGCUUAUUGUUACUGCUAUCCUGGUACAUAUGCACAUGGAUCACCGAAGUGACGAGGAAUUGCUCGAGGAUGUGAAGACGAUGCGAAAAUAUCUUCGUACUCACCACAAGGACCUUCGAGUCAAUGCCCAGUGUUGGGCAAGCUCAUGGAACUUCAUUACA